AAUUUAAACUUAAUUUUUCACUCGAUGUGUUCUAUGAUUAAUAUUAAAAUAAAAUAUACACCAACACGGAACUUUGGAAAUCGAGCACAGUUGCUGUCAGGAUUAAGGAAGUAGGCGGACAAACCGGAAGUAGAUAAACCGCGAGAUUUGGGCUACAGAGAUGAGUGGAGACUCAGAUGGGAAUCAGGAGUUUCACGAGCAGCUUCGGCUGCAGGAGCUGUACGGUCAGAGGCGUGAUGAUGGAGAGGAUCCGUACACGUACGUCGACCCCGAGGACGGCACCGUCUAUGACUGGGACCAUGAGAAGAAGGCCUGGUUUCCAAAGAUAACGGAGGACUUCAUCGCUGCCUAUCAGGCAAAUUAUGGCUUUACUGAAGAUGCAGCUUCAGCAGCAACAGGAGAAUCUCAGCCUGAGAAAACGAAAGAGGAGAAAGAUGAGGAGGAGAAAGAGGAGGAUGAAGUGACCGAUUCAGGUAGCACUAAAGAGGAAAAGAAUAAAGGAGAGAAGAGGAAAGCAGAACCAGGCUGGUUCGAUAUCGAGAAAGAGAAAAACACAAAUGUUUAUGUGUCAGGUCUCCCCCCUGAUAUCACUUGUGAUGAGUUUGUGGAGUUGAUGUCUAAAUGUGGAAUAAUAAUGAGAGACCCGCUGACAGAGGAGUAUAAAAUUAAAUUAUAUAAAGACAGUGAGGGGAAUCAGAAAGGAGACGGACUCUGCUGUUACCUGAAGAGAGAAUCAGUAGCUCUGGCUGAGCGUUUGCUGGAUGAUUAUGAGAUCCGAGGUUAUCGGCUGCACGUUGAAGCGGCUCGCUUUGAGCUUAAAGGCCAAUACGACGCCAGCAAGAAAAAAAAGAAGACUAAAGAGUAUCGGAAAAAAAUGCAGCAGCAGCAGAAGCAGUUGGACUGGAGACCUGAGAGGAAAGGAGAAGUGCGUAAGAGACACGAGCAAGUGGUGAUCAUCCAGAACAUGUUCCAUCCCACUGACUUUGAGGAGGAUCCACUGGUGUUGAAUGAAUAUCGAGAGGACCUGCGCUCAGAGUGUGAGAAAUUCGGGGAAGUAAAGAAGGUCAUUAUAUUUGAUAGACACCCUGAUGGUGUAGCCUCUGUGGCAUUUAAGAACCCAGAAGAGGCAGAUGUGUGUGUGUCAACACUGAAUGCACGCUGGUUUGGAGGAAGACAGCUUUCGGCUCAACUGUGGGAUGGAGUCACUGACUACCAGGUGGACGAGACGGUGAGAGAGAGAGAGGAGAGGUUAAAAGGAUGGUCGACUUUUCUGGAAGAUGGAAAGGAACAAGAAAAGCAAUUAAAAGGAGAGAGAACAACAGAAGAGGGACAGCAGGAAAAGGAAGAAGAGAAACAACAGGAAGAGACAGAAGAUAAAGAAGAGAAGGAGGAAGCUACUGUUGAAUCCACUGACAGCAGUUUGGCUAGCAGCGAUGAUGAGUCUUAAGUGUGUGUGUUUUGAUGUACAUUGUAAAUUGCUGAUGGUCAUUAGUGUGAAUGUACGGUGUGUAAACAUCCUAUUUUAUAAUGAAAAUAAAAUGAUCAGUGUGUGUGUU